CAGAAGAAGAGUUUUCCUGAAGAAGAAGCAAAAGCUUAGAAGCUCCGUCGCGAAACCGCCAGAUCGGAACUUCUCCAUUGAUCGGAAUCACUAGUAGCAAGGCAAAGGUCGAUUCUCCGAACAUGGACGUGAUAAAGACGCAGCAGAUAUCAGCAAGGACCAUCGAGAAAGUCGUCGUUCACCCACUCGUCUUGCUCAGCAUCGUCGACCACUACAACCGCGUCGCCAAAGACUCGCGCAAGCGCGUCGUCGGCGUUCUCCUCGGGAGCAGCUCCCGCGGCGUCGUCGACGUCACCAACAGCUACGCAGUGCCGUUCGAGGAGGAUGACAAGGAUCCGAGUAUAUGGUUUCUUGAUCAUAACUACCAUGAGUCGAUGUUCCACAUGUUCAAGAGAAUUAAUGCUAAGGAGCAUGUUGUAGGUUGGUACAGCACAGGUCCUAAACUUCGGGAGAACGAUUUGGAUGUUCACGCGUUGUUCAGUGGCUAUGUUCCAAAUCCAGUGUUGGUUAUAAUUGAUGUCCAGCCUAAAGAACUUGGGAUCCCCACUAAAGCUUACUAUGCAGUGGAGGAGGUCAAGGAGAAUGCGACUCAGAAAAGCCAGAAAGUCUUCGUUCAUGUUUCCACAGAAAUAGCCGCUCAUGAAGUCGAGGAAAUUGGUGUGGAACAUUUGCUCAGGGAUGUGAAAGACACAACGAUCAGUACCCUUGCGACUGAGGUCACUGCGAAACUUACUGCUUUGAAGGGGCUGGAUGCACGUCUCCGGGAGAUCCGGAGUUACCUUGACCUUGUAGUUGAUGGGAAACUCCCUCUAAAUCAUGAGAUUUUAUACCAUCUGCAGGACGUUUUCAACUUGCUUCCGAACUUGAAUGUGAACGAGUUGGUCAAGGCCUUCUCAGUGAAAACAAAUGACAUGAUGCUCGUUAUCUAUUUAUCGUCCCUCAUCAGAAGUGUAAUUGCGCUCCACAACUUGAUCAACAACAAGGAUGAUAUGUUUCAGUUGCUGAACAAGGAACAUGAAAAGGCAGAGGACUCAAAGCCCGUGGCCAUACCCGCCACAAGCUAAAUCUCGCUGAUGAGAUAUGAUUUACUUUAAUCAUCAUUGUCUCCCUGCGAUGAUGAAGGCGGCCGUUGUUUGUUGUCUCUCCCAAUAGAACAAGUGGGUGGUUGGAACGAGUUUAGUUUGAUAUCAGGUUUCUUUCUGAGUGUUGGCUUUCAUCUGUUGUUCUGAUUCUGAAUGUGUCAAAGAGGCUUUUUCAUUUUAUCUUUCAAGUUGGUUAGGGCUUAGAGUCCUUUUUUGAGUGGGGUUCAUGAUGAUACACAGUUUCACUAUUAAUGUGUCGAAAUCUCCACAAACAUCUACAAUUCAAGCUGGUUCCAUUA